AACAGUAAGGAAUUGGUUACAUAUAUUAGGGUAUGUGCAUAUAAAAUACACAGUCAGGAAAAAAAAAAUCUGUUAUAGAAGUAUAUAUGUGAAAGACAGUUUUUUACGAGAUAUUUAAGAAGAAAGCAGACUAGAAAAGAGUAUGUACCACAGUCUGUUUUUAUUUUUAAAACAUGCACAAGAUAAAAGCUUAUGGGGCUGUGUCGCCAUGUAGCAAAAUGUUUUCAUAGCUAGAGGCAGGUGGAGUAUUAGCAUCUACAGUUCUGUCUGUUUUUGCUUGGUAUCGCCUGCAUCUUCCUGUAAUGUGCACAUAUGGCUUUUACAGUGAGAAAAAUAGGCGUAGACUUUUUAUUUUGAAUUCAGAUGCCACUCGACUGUGGACUGGCUCUCCCGACUCCGUGUCAUCCCCCUGCCCCAUCUUCGAAGAGACUCACAGAAUUCUUGGAAGUCACCUGGCUGUCCGUGUUCCUCCAGGCGCUCCUCUCACAGAGAGUGUCACCUGAAGCUCUCCCCCUCGUCUCACACAUCUUGUACCCGGACUCAUGGUAUCGCGAUAUCACCUCCAACAAGAGGUUCUUCUCUCUCGCUGCGACCUACAGGGGUGCCAUCGUGGGCAUGAUAGUAGCUGAAAUAAAAAGCAGGACCAAGAUACACAAGGAGCCCUGCCGUGUGACCAUCACCUCUAUCCCUGCAGGUUCGCUUUUACUUGAGAGUUUAAAGGAUCACAUAUCGACCACGGCUCAGGACCACUGCAAAGCCAUCUACCUGCACGUGCUCACUACCAACAGCACAGCGAUACACUUCUAUGAAAACAGGGACUUCAAGCAGCAUCACUAUCUCCCCUAUUACUACUCUAUCCGUGGGGUCCUCAAAGAUGGCUUCACCUAUGUCCUCUACAUCAAUGGCGGACACCCUCCAUGGACAAUCCUAUAUCCUUUACUUCUCAGGGGCCAGGAGGGACUGUGGCUUCCGAGCCACCAGAGUGGCUUGCAGGGACAGGACCCAUGCACUGGCUGGAGCCAUGGUCGCCUUCAGAUGAUGCUCAUGAGGCCCACCUCAUGGGAGGCAUGCACCCCAUCAGACACCAGUGCGGGUAGACCUGGCUCACAUGUUUCGGGACUGUCUGGUCGCACGUACUGGGAAAGUGGGUGCACCCUGUCACUCGGCGUUCCCUGGACCUCAGCUUGGAUGAGGGGUGGGUGUUAGCCUCUGGGCCCAUGGUCCAUCCAUCCAACAAAGACUGUUUGAGAGCAUCCUGUCCAGGUGCAUGGGAGGCACAGCAAUGAACAGAACAGAGCUCUGCCCCAUCGGGGCCUGUGUGCUGCCCUGGAAAAGCAAGGGGGGGGCGAAAGAAUGGUUGGCUGUUUAAUCACUUGGGUCCAACCUUCGUCACGGGUGUGUCCCUACCCAGCUUCCUCUCUUUAACUCUCUUGCCCUUGGCAGGUAGGAGAGAGGCCAGGAGACUUCCUGUAGUCACAAGGUGUGGCCCAAGAGAUCUGUGGGGGUGCAUGUAUGAGGAGAGGGAGAGAGUAAAUGAAUGAGUCAGGGAUUUACUCAUUUCACAGGGAAAUAAACAGGAAAGAGGAGGGCGGCCGAAAAGCCCGCAGCCUCCUGGCUCAGGUGAAGAUGGAUUGCCUGUGCGCGUCCAGGGGUUUCGUGUUGCCCCCACCUUGUCUCGGGGACAGGUCCCAUAGGGGAGAAGCAGGAACACUUGCUUUUCUGCCAGACCCCCCCAGCCUUGUUGGGGUGCCCAU